UGUCCGAUUAUUUCUCGUAAAUUUCACCAGUUAGCGAGCGAAAAGCCGAAGUAAUCUUGUUACUCUGUUACUCAGCAAAAGCGUUAUUACACAGAGUUUACUCCCGUUAGACCAAAUUCUGUAAAUUUCUGUAUUUUUUUCAGCGUGAAACCUUCCUAUUUAAUAAUUAGUUUAGUGAAUGUGAACCAUUCAUGGGAAAUAUUGUCUUUCUUCUGAAAAGUUUUUCCUGUAUGUAAAGCUGGUCAGAAAAGCCGUUAAACCCCACUAAAGUCCUCACAAAACCAUAGCUUUUUAGGCAAGAAUUUUGGGUCCGUUUGAGGAAACCAUUCGGCUUGUUUUUCGUUAGUCUCAUUCUGAACAAGCAUUUUGUAGAAAAUGACUGGUCUUCCUAAUAGAGCGAAAAGAGGGCUCUAAUUUUUCCCGCAAACAGAGCAAAUCUGUGCGUAAAAGACUAGCAAAUUAAAAAAAUUUUCGAUGACAUUUUUUGGAAAUUCGGACCAAGAAAUGCUUGAUUUUGCCUCUGACGAUCAGAGGUAUAAAGUUUGCACAUUCUUUAAAGAAUUAAUGUGCUUCUUAAUUGAGUGAAACGAAGGAUCUACUUUCUCAUGAAUAUGGAGCUGAUUUUUGCGUAAAAAACUAGCAAAUCAAAGCUUUUUGAGACGAGAGUUUUUGCGAAAUUUAAGGAAGAAAAUCUGUGUUUAAAACUGGCAAAUUUCAUUUGCUUCAAAUGCUUUUAAAUUCCGCGAGUUAGCAAGCAUAAAGUCCAAGUGAUCUUGUUACUCUGUUACUCAUCAGAAGCAUUUUAUAACACAGCGGAAGAAUUGGUUGAAAAACGCGCGUUAGCUUAAUGAUGGAACAUCGAACUCUGAGACUGUCCAGAUUGUUCUCAAUGUGAAACAUUCCUGUUUAUUAAUUUACUUGGUUUAGUGUUUAUUAGUGAAUCUGAAAAGUGAUGUAUGGCAAAUAUUGUCUGCCAGUUUGCCAGAAAAAACUUCACACACUAGUAACACCUCGUUAGCGUCAUAUGGUGGGAAGCUUUCGCGUGGAAACACUUUUAACACUUUUUUAAAGAAAACAUGUUGGAUUUUGUUUUUGCUUCUUUCUACUGAAAUAGAAUUAAGAGACAUUAAGGCGCGUGUUUAAAAACAAUAUUGAUCGUGACUUUCUUGCAAAGCUUUCGAUUAUUAAAAUUCGACCAGCUAUAGAUUUUUUUUAACUUUUAAAGUUUGCGCCAGAAAUCGUUAAUUUUAUAAAUGUUUACCUGAUGUAGAGCACUUUUGAUUUUCCAGACAGAAUUUUACAUUGUUUUAAGUUUCGUGCUCUGGCGAGCCAUAAAAACGGCAAGUUUUGAUUUAAUCGCCUGAACGUAACACUAUAUAGUACCGUAAAGAAUAAUGGGUUUUACGUAUGCGAGCAAGCGUUUUGUUAAAAAUAACGCUCAGUUAAAAUUAUUCAUUUUUGUAAAAUAUGCAAAGGAAUUUGCGGGAAAAUAAACUGUGUAAGUAUAUCAAUCCGGGGAGCGUAACUAUUUAUAAAAAAUAAUGCAUUGGGAAACUUAUUGAAAGCUGGGCGUUAUUUUUCGCAUUUAUUAGCUGAGGUUGAACCUUAAAAGCAAUUUUCUUUUUACUUUAUCGUCUAAAUAGUUUACCUUGAAUUAAGUAUGGAGGAAUUUGGGGCACUGAUAAUAGCACAUUGCCUGCAGUAUCUAGGCAUUGUCCACUUUCUGUAUGAAAAACGAAAUUGAAAUUUUUAAAUGUGCCAGUUAAUUUUAAAAUUAGCUAUUUUGGUGAAUUAUUUCAUAUGCCCAGCCACAUCUGCUUCCAAAGAUCAGAAAUGUGGACGGGCUCUUGGCUCAGAUUUUUCCACGGCAAGUGAACGAAUCGUUGCAGGAUACGAUGUAGGAUAUUACCGAUAUCCCUGGUACGCAGCUUUGAUCCAGGAAAAGCAAGUGAGUUGUGGCGGAGCCCUGAUUGGCCCCAAACUUGUCAUCACUGCCGCUCAUUGUUACAAGGAAUAUCUGGAAUUGGCCAAUAAAUCUGCUGUGAAGCUGGAAAAUGUAUAUACGGUGCGUUUGGGCUUGUACAACAUCUGCACCACUGAAAAAACGGUAACGGAAUAUCGAGUGGACAAGGUCCAAGUGCAUGAGUUGUAUUUGACCAAGAAGCCUUACUUUGAUAUUUGCCUCCUCACUCUAGCCAAUAGUACUGAAGCUUAUGAGCCUCUCUGCCUACCUAGUGGAGGAAUAACUCAGCGACCUAAAGAAGGCACAGUGCCUGGAAUGGGCACUUUGAAAUAUCAAGGCCCCAUGCCCUGCACUCUUCAUGAAGCUCGUUUGCUCAUCCAUUCAGACGCCACCUGCUUCAAAAUGAUCAACGAUACUGGCAAUGAUGGAAAUGAUAUUAAGAAUGCUUUCUGUGCCGGGUAUUUAACUGGAGGAAUCGAUUCGUGCCAGGGGGAUAGUGGCGGGCCUUUGCAGAUUAGGGAUCGAAAUGGACGAUUUGUGCUGUUUGGCAUCGUUUCCUUUGGGUUCCAUUGCGGCCUGCCUAAGUACCUUGGAGUGUACACAGACGCUUCCCAAUAUAUCGACUGGAUAAAGGAGAACAGCCAAACAGAUUUGGAUUUGAUCAGCUCAAUGAACAACGAAAGUUCUACAGAAAUUUCCAGUGAAUCCCAUGGUCACCACAAAAAUCAUCAUCAGUAUUACCAUCAAGCUCCACUGCGAAUCAUCGUCCUGAGAAAUCGCAAAUUGAUGAAAAACCGCCACAGGCAAAUUCGAAAAAAUCAACAAAAAGUGAAGGAAUGGGAAUAAAAUUGAAUCAAUUUUUUCAAAACCUGCUAUUUUAAUAAGUAUAUGAAUUACAUUUACAUAAGUAUAUGAGUUGUUAAAAUGGUAAACGCAAAACAAUAAAAAGAAGCACUUCAAUCACA